GGGUAUUCGGAAGCCCGAGGUCGCCCAGGCGGCGGAGGCGGCGGCAACCAGUCAGGCGGCAACACCGAGUGGCAGAACCCCCAGGCGGCCUCUGUCGGCAAGGACAAGCAGCGAGUGGCAAAAUCCGCAGGCGGCCUCUGUGGGCAGCCAGUCAGGCAGCAGCAGCGAGUGGCAGAGACCACAGGCGGGCUCUGUCGGCAACCGUCAGGCAGCAACACCGAGUGGCAGAACCCGCAGGCGGGCUCUGUCGGCAAGGACAAAUAUUUGAUGAUUCACUCAGAGUUCUCGACCCAGGUACUUGUUUGAUCUUCUGCCUCUUCCAGCUCCGCCAUGACGAGGCGCUUCGGCGCCAGGACGCCCUCAGCUCUUUUGAUGGGCGGCGGCAUGAACCCCAUGGGCAACAUGGCGGGUAUGAACCCAAUGGGCAACAUGGGUGGCAUGGGUGGCAUGGGCGGCAUGGGCGGUCCCAUGGGCGGCAAUAUGGCUGGUGGAAUGGGAGGAAUGGGCAUGAUGGGCGGUGGAAUGGGAGGAAUGGGUAUGAUGGGCGGUAGAAUGGGAGGAAUGGGUAUGAUGGGUGGUGGAAUGAUGGGUGGUGGAAUGAUGGGUGGUGGAAUGGGAGAAAUGGGCAUGAUGGGUGGUGGAAUGGGAGAAAUGGGCAUGAUGGGUGGUGGAAUGCCUGUCAAGUCAAACAACCUCGUCGCCCCUCCAGCAGACUCAGCAGCAGAUCGCGGAUGUUCGAUCUCACCAAGUUCUGCAUCAAUCCCACCCACAUAG